AUGGCUCUUGGCCAAGAUAUGGAGAUCCCUUCCAAAAUUCUUCCAUCAAGCUCAACAGCAAACGUGGAACCUCCAACCGAGGCGAACGACAGAUACGUACGAGUAUUUGUUGACGGCAUAUUUCCAAGGCUUACUAAAAGAAUGCGAAUACUGUUGAGGAAAGAUAUCGGGUCCGAGCUCGACAGUGUCAUGAUGGAGAACCUUGGUAUUGAAUCCGCCGUUCCCAUCCUUACUUUUGUUCUAUCAGGGUUUAAAAGCUAUUUGAGUCUACCUAGACCAGCCUUCCGGGCUUCCAAAUCUCUUGCCGAGACACCGAAUCCAGAAACUGGGCUCUAUAACCUUACACAUUUCAGUACAGAGCAAUGGUACACCAAAUCUAACUGGUGGACAACCCAUGGUCCCCGUGUGCAAAUGAUUCGGGUACUAGGAGGAAAACUUCCAGAAUCAGUGUUGGGCAAGUUCAAGCCUCAAGGAUAUGAUUUGAUGAUAAUCGGUCCACAGCCACAAGAGGGCAGGGCAUGGAUUCGAUGGCUGCAAUGA